GCCACAGACAUCGAGGAGGGUGGUCGACGCUCUUUUCCUCCCCAGUCUGACUCGCUCGGUGCUUCACCUCUCAUCUCUUAUACCUGUGGGGCAUUAGCUCUUGGGACCCGCCUCUGACCUCACCCACUGUUUUCCCAAGUAUAGAGAAACUGUGAAGGGCUAUUGACAGUCUGUGACAGGUUGCGACAAUGAAGUGGUUACACCCCAAAGGAAACUAGUCCCUUGUGUCAAGGACACUUUCUAACAACAUUGAGACACAAACAAGGACGGAAUUAAUGAAACAAGGAAGUGUAAACCAUUUUUAAGUUUCAAAUGCGAGGUUAAUGAAGAAAGAAAUAUAGAGCGAAGGAUGUAUGGUGACUGUCCCAGCCAGUAGAGGACGCGUCAACCUCCACACGUAUUUCUGAGGUUUAGGGUUGGGAUGUUGGAGGCGCGGUGAUGGUGUCGGGCGUCGGGGGCGAGGCUGCCGCCCUGCUGGUCAUCACAAUCCUCGCCAUCCUGGGCAAUGCUCUCCUCGUUAUUACUCUUCUGCGUCGCCGCCUUCUUCACCACCCCUCCAACAGGCUGGUGCUGAGCUUGACUGCCAGCAACCUGGUGUUAGCGGUUGUGGUGCUCCCGGGUAUGGUGGCCUGCCUCCUGGUGGGUCCCUGCACCACACCACCACCCCAUCACCCCCCUCUCCUGGUGGGCUCCGGUACCCCCACGGCACCUCACCACCCUUCACCCACCACAAGCCACACUACCUUCACCAUACAGAGCCACACCUCACCCACCACAAGCCACACUACCUUCACCAUACAGAGCCACACCACACCCCAACCUUCACACACUCCCCAGUACCUGCCAAAUACCCACGUGCCGAAUAUUAGGCAGCAAAAAUGUAAAAAUGAUUACAAAAAUAAUACCCAGAAAAAUCCAAAUGAGAGCGAAAGAUUAGAGGGCAGUGGUGAUCCUGCAUUAAUGGAAGGUAAUGAGGGGAGCUGGGAAGGUCAGGAGGAUGAUGGGAGCAGGAGGAGGAUGCACCCAUUGCAAGGACAGCACGAGGAGGACAUCAUGGGAGGGCAGUGGUGGGCAGCCUCAGAUACCCUGUGUCAGGGGGCAGCCUUCCUCGCUAACUUAGUGACGUCAGCCUCGGCCAUCACAGUAGCUGUUAUUGCCUUAGACAGAUACCUGGCUAUAGUGCGGCCUAUGGUGUACGGGUUGAUGGUGACAGGCAGCCGGUGUGUGGUGCUGCUGGCCUGGUGCUGGGUCCAGGCUCUCAUCACGGCUCUCCCUCCUCUACUGGGAUGGUCCAGGUAUAAGAAUUGUGGAGCAGAGGGGCGAUGUGGGGUAGCUUGGGCUGUGUCCCCAUCUUAUACUGCAGUCUGGGUCUUAAGUGUCUUUCUCGUUCCUGUUAUCAUAAUGCUCGUCUGCUACCAUUUUAUUCUCCAGGUUGCACGAAAUAAAUGCAGACGAAUUAGUGUAGGAAAAGUAUUGGGAGCCACCUCCUCACCGGUAGUUCCUGACCCCUCUUCUGUCGGUCUGGAUGGGCCUUGUCUACCAGAUAUUUCGGAGCCUUCACUGGAGAAUGUAUCGGGUGUUCCACUGGCUAGUGGAUUAGGUGUCGUGGAAAACAGGUUAAGUGUUCCUUUAAGAAGUGGAUCAAGGCUAUCCAUAGAGAACACAUCAAGUCAACCCUUGACUAAUGGAACAGGGCAUCUGCAAAUUCCUAGUUCCAUCAUACCACAAUCUCUCGCUGCUUCUAGUCAAGGCAUUCCCUGUCGCAGUCGUAGUGUCACAGGCAUGAACAGGAUGAGUGAUGCUGCCUACAUGUCACUGGUACCCAAAAGAAAACUGGCUGACUGCGGGAGAUCGCUCUCUUUCUGCCAGCAGCCCCAGCUAGUUCGCCCUUGCCUGCGACGAGCACAAAGUAGCAUCGCCAUGCGUCCAACUAUAAAGAAAAAGUUGAGUCUUGGAGGACGUAAACCAUCAUGGAGCUGGGAAGCUUCACCAGCUAAAGGUUUCAGAACUGUUUGUGUGGUGGUUGGGACACACGUUUUCACUUGGGCUCCGUACUCUGCCUUGGCUGUAGCCGAGGCUGUGCUGGGUCAGGAACGUUCUUCUCUUGUACCUCAUUGGGUCACGGUAACGUCAACACUGCUGCUUUUUACGGCUAGUGUGUUUUACCCCAUUAUAUAUGGGCUCUAUAAUCGAAGCAUAAGGAAGGAGAUUGUGGCGUGUGUGUGUCCUAUCAGCAGCCGGGAUCGAAGACGAGGAAGCUGCCACCAUCGCACCUCUACACUACACUCCAACACAGGAAGUGUUCUAGACUUCUCAUCCUUACGCAACCGAGAGAACGAAGAGCAACAGAAAGAGGCACUGACAUCCCUCGGCUCUGGUCUGCUAACAGUACCCAUAAAGACAAUCUCUGGUUCCAUUGCCGACCCUACCAUACCAUCUUUCUCGCCUUUGCUACUCAUGGCAGAGUACGAUAUCUUACAAACGCAAAGUUAUAACAUCGUCAGGAAACCAUCACAAGACUCAGAUUGCUGCUUGUUCGAACUUUCUCCAGCACUUGCUAAGCGAGCUAGGCAGCCAGGUGCAGUGAUGGGAGGCAGUGAUGACCCUGACUCGGACAUGGACACUCCUGUACUUAUCCCUCAGCACUACCAGUCUGCACGCAGAGUGUCUGCCCCAAGCAUUCUUCAUACCGUUUGUGAAAGUCUGCAUGCUACCCAAGUUGAAGUCCACGCUAGCAGUAGCAACAUGUCUUUAUCAACACAUCAAAGAAAGCGGCCAAUUAUUCCUAUUUCUUCUCAACUUCUCAAUGCUGGUCCUAAAAGCAGUUCAUCACUACAACGUUCACGCAGUUUGGAAAAGCUGACUAUUUCUGAUAAUACAUCUCUUGGAACUUUAUCAGAUAACAUAACUUCUAAACAUUUGCAGAAAAAAUAUUCCAUUCCUAUAAUAGUGAGAGAGACUCAUUUCAAUUCUCCAUCCUCCUGUGAACGAAUACAGAGGAGGAAAAGCUCUGUAUCAGCAUUGAAAGUGAUGGUAAUUCCAGAGGAUGGUGGCAUUUUGGAAUGUUCAGAGAUUCCCGACUCUGGGAGGGGUAGUGUAGAGAGCGAUGAAGCAACUAAGAUGCGUGCCAACAGGCAGAUAAGCAUUGAUGAAGGGAUAGGAACUGACUGCCUUGUAGAAGAGGAAGUAAUUUCUGAAAGAUUGUGAUGAAAAUGCCAAAUCUUUUGGGUAUACAACUGGAUCCAAUUGGUACACAAUUUAUGAUACAUCCUCAGUGGAUUGAGGGAGGUGGUGAGGUUAAAUAUGCUAGGUUGUGCCCAUCCAUUGUCUAAUGAAGGCUUAUCUUCUCUGGUGUCCAGUUGGUCACCCAUUUAGUACCUGUAACAUUAUCAAGCUAGUUCUUCCAAAGCCUUUCAUGGCCUCAUGCCUCAGAAAUGCAAAUGGCCUCAUAACCAUACUUCCAUUUUGUUUAACAUUACCUAAACCUUCAUAACUCAUCCUUGACACUCGUAUACGUGACCUUCAUCCUCAAUACUCAUGUACAUGAUGUUCAUCUUUGACACUUAAAGUGCCCCUCAACCUUGAUGCUCGUGCCCAUAAACAUCAGGGUUUCCACACUUUUUCCAGCAUUCUUGUACUGGUGUUCUCAGAUCAUGUUUUCACUAAAUGUAACAAACUAAAGUUGUCUUCUUAUCAUAAUGUGUUUCCUGUAAUACCCAUCAAAUUAGUGAAAAUAAGCAUCUAUUUCAUCAGUAUUAAUAAGUUUGUAUUUCUUCCACACCACCUUGAAAAUAUCAUUGCACUACCUCAUCUGUAACAUGUUCCUCAAACUGUAUGAAUUUGUGUGUUAUUUUGUGUUGAAUUUCUUUUGAAUGACCAGUCCAUGAAAGAUUUUCAUGAAUUCUACAUUUAUUAAUGUGCAUUUAAAACACUGUAUACAUGCCUCAUGGAAUGUAAGUUAAAAAUGUGCAGUACAGUAUUAUAUUUAACCAUAAAUAUUUGCUGAUGUAAAAAUUAUGAACAAUAUAUGUUACAUCCUCCUGGGCAAAGUUGCAAAAAUGUGUUGUCACAAUGAAUCAAUGUUAAAACAUUUUCAACGUUGCUUGAGCAUGUUUUGCUCACUGGGAAUUGUAUGUGUUGAAACUAAGUUUGGCCUCAUAUCUGAAGCAAAGUAUAAAAAAUGAGAAAAUAGUCAACCUUUAUAACUUCCUGUAGAUUUUUGCAUUAUAUUUAGAAUUUUUUACGAUGGAUAUUUGACGAGCAAAAGUCAUCCAAGUUGAGAAAUACUUUGACAUACCAAUAUGUGAUAUGACAAUCGUACCAAGAUACGAUAUGCUUUUAUAAUAAUCUGAAAUAUUGUAAAAUAUUGCAAGACUAAAAAUAUGUAUAAUAUAAACAAUAAAAUUAUUUUAUA